GUUCGGAAACAAUCGCUUCCUCGACUUCCAUUUAAUAGAGUCAAGAUGCCUCACGCUUACCCAUUCCUCUCUCCUGAGCAGAAGAAGGAGCUGAGUGAUAUUGCUCAGAGGAUUGUUGCCCCUGGCAAAGGCAUUCUGGCUGCAGAUGAAUCUACAGGUAGCGUGGCCAAGCGGUUCCAGAGCAUCAAUGCUGAGAACACAGAGGAGAACAGGAGACUGUACCGCCAGCUUCUGUUCACCGCAGACGACCGCGUCAAGCCCUGCAUCGGCGGCGUCAUCCUCUUCCACGAGACCCUCUACCAGAAGACCGAUGAUGGCAAACUCUUCUCCCAGCUCCUGAAGGAGAGGGGCAUGGUGGUUGGCAUCAAAGUUGACAAGGGUGUGGUUCCCCUGGCCGGCACUAAUGGAGAGACCACCACACAAGGUCUGGAUGGACUGUAUGAGCGCUGCGCUCAGUAUAAGAAAGAUGGGGCAGACUUUGCUAAAUGGAGGUGUGUGCUGAAGAUCACCCCUACAACCCCUUCAAGACUGGCCAUCAUUGAGAACGCUAAUGUGCUCGCACGUUAUGCUAGCAUUUGCCAGAUGCAUGGCAUUGUGCCCAUCGUGGAGCCUGAGAUUCUUCCUGAUGGUGACCAUGACCUGAAGAGGUGCCAGUAUGUGACCGAGAAGGUUCUGGCUGCUGUGUACAAGGCCCUGUCAGACCACCAUGUCUACUUGGAGGGCACUCUGCUCAAACCCAACAUGGUGACCGCUGGGCAUUCGUGUUCCCAGAAGUACACCCCUCAGGAGGUGGCCAUGGCGACUGUCACAGCUCUUCGCCGCACUGUUCCUCCCGCUGUGCCUGGUAUCACCUUCCUGUCUGGAGGCCAGAGUGAGGAGGAGGCCUCACUCAACCUGAAUGCCAUUAACCAGUGUCCCCUGCAGAAGCCCUGGGCCCUGACCUUCUCCUACGGUCGUGCCCUGCAGGCCUCUGCCCUCAAAGCCUGGGGUGGCAAGAAGGAGAACGGCAAAGCCUGCCAGGAGGAGUUCAUGAAGAGAGCUCUCAACAACAGCCAGGCCUGUGUUGGGAAGUAUGUGUCUUCAGGAGAUAAGGGUGCUGCUGCUGGAGAGUCUCUCUUUGUGGCCAACCAUGCCUACUAAUCAGCAGAAAGCCUUUUACAUUUCAAUCCUCAGCUUAUUCUUAAAGAAUCACUGAAACAAAACUAUGAAACAAUGAGAUUAUACUUCAAACAGUAAUAGUAACUUAAUGUGUUUUUUUUGCCCUUCUCCUCCUUCCACUUUUAAUAACAUUCUCAGGUAUUGUAAUGUUUAACUUUUUUGAAGCAUGUUGCUCUUGAACUUGUAAUACUAAUGUUACCUGUAUUUGACCUACACAAAUCA